UGCAAAUAAUACGUGUUUACAUUUUCCCCCCGAUACGCUCACGAAAAUCUCCAUGAACAAAGAAAUGGAGCAAUAUAAGGUUAUGCUUUUGUACCAAUUUGGCAGAUAAGACUAAAACUGCUUAUAAGUAAGUGGACGGUGUUUUUCGAAUUGACAACCAUGCUCUCAAAAGAGGACUCGAGGGAAUUUCACCCGGAAGAAAGCCACCGAGAUAUACUUUUCCGAAGCAUGGAUAAUUUCAGACGGCAAGAAAUUCUUUGCGACGUCGUACUUAUAGCUGAUGGAACCCGCUUUCCAGCUCAUAAAAAUGUUCUGGCAGCCGGUAGCUCCUAUUUUCUUGGGCUUUUUACCACUGAUAUGAAAGAGCAAAACGAAACCGAAGUCAAUUUUGAAGAUUUCAAGUCAAGUACAAUGGACGAAUUACUUUGUUAUAUUUACACCGGAUAAGUCAACCUUACAGAAACGAACGCCAAGGACCUAGUGUUUGCUGCUGAUUAUUUACUUGUUGGUGGGCUCAAGCGUAAAGGAAGUGAGUUCUUGGAAGACACUCUAACUCCUGGAAAUUGCUUGUCUGUCCGAUCAUUUGCCGAGACGUUUGACUGCCCAGAGCUACAAACUAAAGCGGAAUGUUAUAUUCUUGACAACUUUGUAGAGGUUUCGAGGUGUGAGGAAUUCUUAUCGCUAGACCCGGUACAAUUGGAAAGGCUUAUAUCUUGUGAUGGAUUAGUCGUUGAUGAAGAGACUCAAGUAUUUGAGGCGCUUUUACAAUGGACUAAAAACGAUGAAGAAAAAAGACGAGCCAGCUUUCCCGCCCUUUUACGCUGCAUUCGCCUUCCAUUCAUAUCCAAAUACUACAUUGUAGAAAAUAUGGAAACAGAGCCCUUAAUCCGCGAUAGUCUAGAUUGUAUGAGGCUAGUUUACCAAGUUAUGAAACAUUUCGCGUUUCGCAGCCAGCUAUCGGAAGACGCAACCACGUGCUUAGUGCCCCGCCCCCGUGCUAGUACCCAGGGCCCUGUGGACGCGAUAGUCACGAUAUGGGGGCCUGGGGACGAGCUACGAUCAUCAACUCAAUGUUUUAUUCCGGAAGAUAACCGCUGGUACAGUCUAUCGCCGAUGCUUAUACCUCGAUUUAGUCACGGCGCUGUCCACUCAGAAGGCUUUAUUUACACUGUAGGGGGCGUAUCUCUUAAUGGACAUCUAGCCAGUAUGGAGCGGUUUGAUUAUCGGACUAACACGUGGUCUGGCGUUGCGCCGAUGAAUAAAGAAAUCUCUGCACUUGGUGUGGCGGAACUCAAUGGAUUCCUGUAUACCGUGGGAGGUUGGAACCGAGGUCGACCGCUAAACAGCGUUUCAAGAUACGAUCCAGCGACGAACAAAUGGCAGGAGGUUGCUCCACUUAGCGUGAGUCGGGGUGGACCUUGCGUCAUCGCUCACAAAUACGUGUACGCGAUUGGCGGAAAAACUGAGCACGGGAGCGAGGCUGAAAUUGGAGUUUACAUGAAAACCGCUGAGCGCUUUGACGCACGUGCGAACACGUGGACAGAGAUUCCCGCCAUGCAGACAAGGCGCGCGUACGCAGGGGGCGUGGCCAUGAAUGACAGGCUUUACGUGAUUGGUGGAACACAAGAUGAUCUCCUGUCAGCGCAUAACACGUGUGAGGUGUUUGACUGCUUGAGCGAGACGUGGGGUUUCAUAGCAAGUCUGGUGAUACCACGUGCUCUCGGGGGUGUGGCUUAUUUAAACGGAAGGAUUUACGUGCUUGGUGGGAAGAAGAAUUGUAGAGAAAGAACAGACAAAAUGGAGAUGUAUGACUUAGAAUUGAAUGAGUGGACGGUGAUGGGUACAGUGCCAAAUUGUAUCGGUGGUAUACAGUGCUGUGCCGUAUCCCUGAAUAGAGACCUUGUCAACUCGUUACAAAGCAUUACUCGAAAUGUCCCGUAGAGCCUUGAAAACCGCUCAUCAAUUUUUGAGAAGUUGCUUUUCAACUAGUCUUUCCUAUUUUUGACCGUCGUAAGCGAACCAUAAACUAAAAGUGUUCAUUUUCACUGUCAUUGCUGAGUGUGUCAUUGCCAUAAUAGGUGGCGGUGGGGUGCUGGAAACACGUGCCCCCCAAUAUUUUCAAAACUUAUAAGAUCAAAUCAAAGAAGCAAAAUUUUGUUACUUUUUAUACUUUUGACUUUAUUGUUUUUGUGACUAAGCGAAAGCAGGGACAAAAUGUUGUUGGUUGUUAGGUAGUAAUCAGCCUGAUAUGGUUUUACAAAGGACAUGGACGAGAAUAAUAAACUCCUCGGUAACAGACCUGAUAUGGUUUUACAAAGGACAUGGACGAGAAUAAUAAACUCCUCGGUAAUAGACCUGAUAUGGUUUACAAAGGACAUGGACGAGAAUAAUAAACUCCUCGGUAAUAGACCUGAUAUGGUUUACAAAGGACAUGGACGAGAAUAAUAAACUCCUCGGUAAUAGACCUGAUAUGGUUUACUAAGGACAUGGACGAGAAUAAUAAACUCCUCGGUAAUAGACCUGAUAUGGUUUACAAAGGACAUAGACGAGAAUAAUAAACUCCUCGGUAAUAGACCUGGUAUGGUUUACUAAGGACAUGGACGAGAAUAAUAAACUCCUCGGUAAUAGACCUGAUAUGGUUUACAAAGGACAUGGACGAGAAUAAUAAACUCCUCGGUAAUAGACCUGAUAUGGUUUACAAAGGACAUGGGCGAGAAUAAUAAACUCCUCGGUAAUAGACCUAAUAUGGUUUACAAAGGACAUGGACGAGAAUAAUAAACUCCUCGGUAAUAGACC